GUAAAUUAAAUAGCAGGUUGUUAUAAUUUACCUAAAGCGUUCUAAUGAAAUGUAAUGGUGGUUCUAAGAAAAAGAAAACGUGGGAAAUUUCAAAAAGAAAAUAAUACUACUAAGAAAAGUUAAUAAACAAACCUCUUUACAAAGGAGAAACAGACGCCGUAAACCCUCCUUAAUUCCCAAAUGCCAAAGGCCAAGAACUUCAGGUCUCUCGUCCUUGCUAGUGUAAAAGCCACUAGACCAUCGCCCACUGCCGGCGCCCGUUCCGCUAAAACCUCACGGACCCGUGGCCGUGGUACAGGUCUUAAAAAUUAUAUCUCCGCCAUCGACACCACAUCUCAAUCCGUUCUACAUUCCAGCUCUAAACGCUUAGCUAAAUUCCUCAAACCACCAUCCGUUCACGUAAAUACUUCUUCUCCGGCGAGUCUUUCUAUCCUUUCUGACCUCAACCUAGAAGUCUCCAUGUCAGAUUCCGGGGAGGCGCCCAAUGUGAUUGUGCAGGACAUUUCAACUAUAUUAAGCGAUGAUGCUUCGUUAAUCUCACCUGAUUCACAAGGAAGUGAUGGUAAGAGAACUUCAGAAAAUAAUUUGAACAUAGAUUCACAGGGAAUUGACGGUAAGAAAACUUCAGAAAAUAAGUUGGACAUACCGUGGAUUUCAAAUUUGUCUCAUAAGAAUGUAUCUGUAUAUCGGAAGGAAUUAUGCCGUGUUAGGAAAGGGACAUGGAUUUUCAAAUCUACUCAGGUCAAUCGUUUCGACAAGUUAGUUAAAAUGUGUGGGGAGAAGAUUGGGACAGACGCUACUGUUGAUGUAUUUGGAAAAUUGGGACGUGAAACCGGUGUGAAAGAAUACAAUGCUUUGAUUAAGAUUUGCAUUGAGACAGCUAGGCAAAGUGAUGAUGAGGAUGUUGUACUGCAGCAGAUUUCAGUGGCAUUUCGACUUCUUAAGUUAAUGAAGGAACAGGGUUUCCAGAUGGAAGAGGGAAGUUAUGGUCCAUGUCUUAUGUAUUUCAUUGAUAUGGGCCUGGUAAAAGAAUUCAACUUUUUUUCUGAACUUAUCAAAGAUGGCGAGCCAAGUCCACACUCAAAAUUCGGUUACUAUGAGAUGCUGCUGUAUAUUAAGGUCAAUAACAAUGAAAAGAUUGAGGAACUCUGCAAUCAUAUUUCUAACAAGAGUUUGAAUGAAACCAUCAAUUUACAAGAAAAUUAUAUGUCAGCACUUUGUGAAAUGGACAGGAAGGAUGAAUUGCUGCAGCUCUUAAAGAUUGUAGAUAUAACCAAAUUUUCAUCUUUGCACAACGUGGUCAGCAUCUUUAAAUUCUUUGGGAGACUAUCGUUGGAGUCCCAAGCAAUGAAAAUACUUUUGGAAUUCAAAGAAUGUGAUUAUGCUACAGAGAAUAUCUCAACUCUCAUCUUCAGUUAUGCUACUAGCAUCCCAAAUUUACCGAUUGAGGAUGUCAUUUUAAAAUUCAACAACCUGCACUCAGUACUGGAGAUACAACCUUCUUCAAAGUCAUGUGAGAAGCUCAUUCUACAUAGUUGUGAAUUAUUUAAGGUGAAUGAAGCUCUGGAUAUUGUCGACCAAAUAUGUGAAGGAAAUUUAACCUUAUCUAUUGAGAUGCUAAAUAUCAUAUUGCGUGCCAGCGAGAAAAGCUUUGAGUUUAAUUUGGUUCACCGGAUUUAUUCAUUGAUUUGCCGCCAUGAAUUGGAACCAAAUGAUGAGACAAUCAGGAUAAUGAUAAGUUUGAUGGCGAAAAUGAAAGAUUUUGCUGGUGCAUAUGAUAUGCUUGAUCACUGGAAGAAAUUAAAUAAGGUGCCUACGGCAAGCAUGUAUAAUGCUAUCUUGGCAGGUUAUUUUCGAGAGAAAAACAUUAAUGGUGCAUUGACGGUUCUCAAGAGGAUGAAAGAGGCAGACAUAAAACCUGAUUCACAAACUUACUGCUAUCUAAUAACCAACUGUGAAAGUGAAGAUCAAAUUAUCAAGUACUAUGAAGAAAUGGAGAACGAUAAUACAAUUCAAUUUGCAAAGCAAAUCUUCAUGGCACUUAUUAAUGCAUAUGCAGCUUGUGGAUGCUUUGAGAAGGCAAAACAGGUACUCUUAGACAAUCGGAUUCCUAGUAAGAACCUUAAUGAAAUUAGAAGUGUACUUGUCUCAGCUCUUGCAUCACAUGGACAAAUGUCUGAUGCCCUUAAUGUAUAUGAAGAAAUCAAGAAACAUGGAAACAAUCUGGAGCCAAAAGCUGUCAUUUGUCUUAUCGAGCACCUUCAAUCUGAAGGUGAGGUAAGUAGAUUGCUUAAGCUACUAGAAGAAUUGCAAGAUCCUGACUAUUGGUUGGAUGGUUGCUGCCGGGUUAUCUUGUUUUGUAUACGCACCAAGCAUCUCAGCUCUGCGGUCAGUCUGCUCAAGCAACUGAAGGAUAGAUUGAACAAUGAUGAAUUGAUUAUGCAAGUUGUUUUUGAUGAGGUUUUCUCAGUAAUUGCUGAGACAGAGUCCACGUAUUUGCAGAUUGGCUUGGACUUGUUUCAAGUCAUUAAGAAUGAGCUUUGUUUUUCCCCAUCACGAAAAUCUCUUGAUUUUCUCCUCAGUGCUUGUGUUAAGGCCAGGGAUUUGCAGAAUUGUCGUAUGAUCUGGAAAGAGUAUCCAGCAGCUGGCUACCCUUACAAUGUUAUGAGUUAUUUAAGGAUGUAUCAGGCCCUUUUGGCUUCAGGAGACCAUAAAUCUGCAAAGAAAAUGCUGUCUAAGAUUUCGAAAGACGAUGAUCAUGUUCAUAUGAUGAUACAAGCCUGUCAAGAAACUUACAUCAAGUCGACAUCUGUAAAGAAGAAAAAGAAUAAAAAGGAAUAGUUAAGUGGACCAAAUUUGAGUGUCCAGAUAUAAAUGAGGCCGACAUACAAUUUUGCCUAACACAGAAAAAUCAAUUUCAGUAGAAGUAGAAGCCAUAUAGCGUUAGACAUAGAAACGUAGGAGGAGAAGACAGAGAUUAUAAGUUCGCUCAGUUAUGAUGCAAAUUAGCAAAUUAUGGAGUUCCCUAUCAAGUGAAAGACAAGUCAUCAUUGAAGCAAACUAACCGGUGAGCGUAAAAUCUAACUGAACGAGAAAAUAGGGUUCCUACAAUCUACUGAUUUUCUAAAUUCAAGCUAUUGAUUCCUUGUUUUUGUACAUACAUUGAUUAAUAUUUCUGCACGAGUUGGAGCAUAGAUGUUAAUCAUAUUUAACUUGUUUCUAGUGGUGAGUAAAUAUACAACCUGUUAAUAAAUGCAGGUUCGAACUCCCCUCCCCAAUAUUCAAAUGCAUCUUCUUGAUGUAUUCCAAUUUUGAUGCAUUUUGUAGAAAUGGAUCUUCUUCUGAAUCACUUUGUGAACAAAAUCAGCAAUCGAUUUUGAUAUGCUAAGUUAAUUUAUGAAAUACAGGAUUAGAAGUAA